CGAAUGGAUUCGAGAGGAGCUGCAAUACCAAGUAGCGUCUAAUAAAACACCUGUACUACUUCACCUCUUCCUCUACCCUUACAAACAGCUUAAAGAGAACCCCGUCUGCCAUACCGUCCUCCACCCCGCCAUUUUGUACCGAUAAUCACCGUCUAAUUUUCCGUGUCCGAUAGAGCCGUAGAGCUAAUACUUACCUAAAGCUUCGAGCUUCAAGCUUUGGACUUUGGGCUUACUACGCAUAGUACGCAUAGUACGCAGCAGCAAGGGUGAUUUCGAUAGCUACGAGAUCGUGAAGCCAAUUUAUCUAAAAGCUACGGCGCAAAGCAAUACAAAAAGUAGCGACCAUAUUUGAAGUCAUGCGCCCGAUGUGGACGUCUCGAUGAGCUUGCCUUCCCCGGAGAAAGACGAUGGGGUUGCCAGCAUGGACGAUGAUCAUCUAGAUCUGUCUCCUGAUGGAGAGGGGGUAUCGAGCGACGAUGAGACAAUUAAGCCGGAACGUGGGAUAGAACAAGAGCAAUUAGAAGAGGAUGUUGAAGGGGAACCAGGGAGCAUCGUAUCCGACCAGCCUACUGGAAAUGGGGUUGUCGCAAAUCGGUAUCGUCAACUCCUACGAAAUCAUGAUGAUGUCUCGGAAGCAGGAUCCAGCGAAGAUCUACCUCGAAGAGCCGGGAGCCCCAUUGAUUCGUUGCUUUCCAUACCCGACGAUUCGCCUUCGGUUCAAGGCUCCAUGAUAUCUUCCCUUGGGAGUAGUAGAGUGCCCUCUCUCGCUUCUCGCCCUGGGCUUAACAGUCCUACGCCCUCUUUUAGACCCUUCGACCGACGAUUCCAAUCUCGUAUAGCCUCCCCUUCGGCUCUAUCUCCGCGGCCGUCGUCGCCUGCUUUUCUUGCGGGACAUAGCAGACAGGCAUCCAUGAGCAGCCAAUUCUUACUUGAAUCCGGCGAAACCGAAACUCCCACGCCCCCAUGGGAAGUAGUACGAUGGACCAAGUUAAAGAAACUAAACGGCCAGGUAUUCUCCGAGGCCGGGAAGCGUAACUUUGGUUCACCUACGUGUAUAGCUAUUUCUGCGUCCAUCGUAUUAGGCACCUCCAAAGGCAUAAUCCUAAUGUUUGAUUAUAAUCAGAAUCUUAAGAUGAUUAUAGGCCCAGGCACAAAAGCUGUUGAAUCUGGGUCCAUCACCGCCAUCGCUAUAUCUGCAGAUCACACCACGAUAGGUAGUGGUCAUGCUAGCGGCAGCAUCUUCACAUGGGACACUAGCCGGGUGUCUCGACCCUUCCUUCAUAUUCCGCCCCUUGACCCAGCCCAGUUUCAAAACCGGACGACGGACGGUCAUAUGCCUAAUGUAGCAAUAACCCAUAUAGGGUUCUUAGGCACUAGACACACUGCCCUAGUAUCCGCCGACGACCGCGGAAUGGCAUUUUCACACCUUGCAACUCGGGGUACUGGCGCUCUUGGGCGAAUGGUCAAGACGGUGAGGAUACUGGGCCGCUACCCUGAUGCUCCGCCUCCCACAUCAGGGAAGCCCCUGAAGCCUAGUACCGUAUUGGCCUUUUCUCCAUUGCCGCUCGGGAAUGUGGAACGGGCAACAGACACGAUGGGCCUCACGGCGAUGCUUACCCCUUACCUGCUUGUUAUAGUCUCGACGACACCGAUUGCGCAGACCCAGCAUAAAUCGGCCAGACCAAAAGACGUAGCACCCCAUAGUGCUAUGACCGGCUGUUUAGCGUGGUUUCCUGCCGUCAAGUUGAAGGUACCCGAUCCUGUCACUGGUAGCACUAUGUCCAAAGUUAAACUGGUCUACUGUUGGGCAAAUGUGCUCACCGUUCUUGAAGUGGAUGAGGUACCUACAGACGGCAAAGACAAGCCUCCCGCCCUCAAGUUCAAGGCGCGUAGUAGAUGGACGUGCGAGGAGGCAAUUGUGGCAGUCCAGUGGCUCAGUCGCUCCGUUUUGACCGUCCUAACAAUCACGCAGAGACUUAUUGUUCUUGAAGACCGCUCGAUGAGGAUGACGGAAGCUUUCGAUCUCAUCCAUAAGUACAUAUAUCAUGCUGAUCUCUUUUCCGCCCAGUUGCACAAUUUAGUUGAGCAGCUCGACGAAAACGACACGUCAAUGCAUGGUGUUGUCGCAGAUGCUUUCUACAUGAGUUUCAAGGCAUACAAGGGCCGCAUCUUCCUGCUAGGCUUCAACGACGUAUCCAUCGGUGCGUUAUCGAACUGGGCUGAUCGAUUAAUAGCAUUGAUGGAGAACGGCGACUACAUUGGUGCAAUACAGCUAGCGACCACUUACUACACAGGGGAUGCAAAUAAGCUAACAGUCGGUCUUCCUGAAGAUGCUGCUUUGAGGCAUCGAAUGGUACGUGAUAAGAUAAUGGAGAUCAUGAGUGCAUCUCUGAAAUAUGCAUUUGGCCAACGGCAAAAGAAUAAGGCCUUAGUAGAUGAUCAGCAUCUACGACAACUUGCAGAAACUUGUUUUAUCGCCUGCCAAAGCGUAGGGGACCUCGACUUCCUCUUUGAUGGUAUGUACGAAUGGUACGAAGACGCCGACGUCGAAGGUGUCUUUUUGGAAGUAUUAGAGCCAUAUAUUCUCGAAAAGACAAUAUCAGUCGUGCCACCCACCGCCGUCAAGGCCAUGGUUACUCACUAUGUCAGCAAAGGCUGGGAAAGCCGCCUAGAAGAGAUUAUUUGUCAUAUGGAAACUACCACCCUCGACAUCGAUCAGAUAACUUCGCUUUGCAAGCAGCAUGGCCUUUAUGAUGCCCUUAUAUACGUCUGGAAUCAGGCGUUAUCCGAUUACAUCACGCCUCUUAUCGACCUACUUACUUUGUUGAUACCUCUAGUGCAGAACACCGAAUAUACCAACUCUGGAGAUCUAAUGGAAGAUGAGAUAUUUGGAGUUAAUGCACUCAAGAUGUUCCCAUAUCUCUCGUACACUCUAACUGGAAGGAUUUACCCUACGGGUGGUAGGAUGGAGGACGGAGUAGCCUCUCAGGCCAAGGCGGAGCUUUACUGGUUUCUCUUUUCCGGGAAGAGCAUAAGUUGGCCUAAAGGCAGCAAAGUAUUUCUCACUCGUCCAAAGCAAGCGGAAGAACCAUCUUUCCCGUAUCUCAGAAUGAUACUACAGUAUGAUGCGCCGAGCUUUUUAAGUGCGCUGAACGAAGCCUUUGAAGACUCCUUUUUAAACGAGUCUCAGGAGAAACAACUCAACGGUGGCACUGGAAAAAACUUACCAGAAGAGCAGAUAUUCGGAUUGACUGUCGAUCGCCAGUAUGUCGUGUCCAUCCUAUUAGAAAUCAUGAAUCCAAGCGACUUUGCGCCAGAGGAUACCAUAUAUCUAGAUAUGUUUAUCGCGCGAAACCUUCCUAAGUUCCCACAAUAUCUUCUCAUACCAGGUUCUACCCUUGACAAAGUCUUGGCUGGGCUAUGCAACUACCCUGGCAUAGAUCUCGCCGAAGAUGCCCAGUUGAGUGCGGAAUAUCUGCUCUCUAUAUACCAGCCGCCAGACAUAUCAGCAAUAAUACCCCUAUUCAAGAAGGCAUGUUUCUACCGUAUCCUAAAGCGGAUAUACAGAAAUGACAAACAGUAUGGGAAGCUAUUACAAACUUAUUUCGAGGACCCGGAAGACCAAAUGGAUAUUUUCGAAUGCGUCGCGGAGUGUCUACGCCCCCAAGCUAACCUCACUAAGAAACAGAUUCAAGAUGUGCACGAUGUUAUUAAAAAUAAUUCACGGGAUUUAGUCGAGCUUGACCCAAUCCAAGCUGCCCAGACCCUAGCUACGUACGCACCUAACUUGCAUAGAUUCGCCUUGGACUCGCUUGAGGAGGGAUCAGAACUGCAGUUCGCGUACCUCCGAGCUCUACUUGAACCCGACCCCGAAACCUCAAGACAGCCAGCUACGACCCUAGACCGGGAUUUCAUUGAACAAUAUGUGCAACUCAUGUGUCUAUAUGAUCCUUCCCAUGUCUCAGAUUACGUCGGCAUCGUACAGGCUACAAAUUUAAGGCUAGACAAAUUACUACCAGCUAUGGAAGACACAGGAGUAAUCGACGCAGUAGUUAUUCUUAUGGCCCGAGAGGGGCAAGUUCAAGACGCCAUGAACCGCUUAACUAAACAUUUGGAAACUUUGGAGUCGGCUCUUCAGGGGUUAGUGGCAAAUGCAGAUGAGCAUUCCGAGGAUAUAGACGUCAAAGAAGCUGCCGAAGAUCUGCUCAGAGGACUGCAGAAAUAUACGCAUGUUGGUAUCUGGUUAUGUCAGGGACAGAUGAAAACCACUAAGAAACUCAACGCUGUCGGCCGACGAAACUCACCAUCGCCUAGCGAACUUUCCCCCGACGAAGCGUUGUGGCUUGGGUUAAUAGAAACCACAGUCCAGAUCACGCGGCGUUUAUCAUCGGUUGUUGCGCCAUCUAAACCGAUUAGAGUCUCUAGCACUGCUUCUCCAUCACCGGUCCUUGAUAGUGACAAGCUAGUAGGACUCCUGCGCUCACUUGUACAGCACACAUUCACAGCGCUUAUGACAGCAACAUCCACUCAGAAUGGUGUCCUUCCUACCAACCGCCUAGCAAGCUCGGGAGGCAGUCUCACGUUCCUUCGGAUCCUCCGAGCCUUCUUGACCCGUGCAGCCGCCACUUCCCCUAACCUUGCCGACCUGCGAGCUGUUCUAACUUCGAUAUUCUCAGCCUAUGCAUAUGAGGAAUCCAUACUGCAACUUUCAAAUAGGCUCCUCGAGCAGCAAUUGUUUGUUAAUGUUAAAGAGGCAGUAGAGCUACGCCAACGGGGAUGGCGACCUAGAGGGUCCACGUGCGAGGCUUGCGGGAAGAGAGUUUGGGGCCCUGGGGUUUCCGGGAAUGUCUUCGAGGCAUGGGAGGAGAAGCAGGCUAUCGAAAACAAGAAGCGGGAGGAAAAGAAAGCCGCCUUGGUUAGUCGGUCUAUCGCGCGCGGAAAGGGUAAGGCCGAUUUCCCGCAAGAGAUGGAGUCCUAUAACGGAAAGGGUAAAGGUAAAAGUACGGAGCGAAGCGAUGGUCCCAGCUCAGCAGAUGAGCAUGCAGCGAAUGGUGAACAGGACAUCCAUGGUUCUGCUGUCGAGUCGAAUGGAGACGCUUAUGAACGGCGAAAGGACCAGCCCUUAGGUCCACUCGUCGUCUUGGCUUGCAGACAUAUAUACCACAAGGCUUGCCUAGACACGCUACAGGCGAAGAGGGCAGCGAACGGAGACCAUAGAGAGGUGGAUGGGUUCGGUCGCGAGACAGAUUACAGAUGUCCUAUUGACGGCUAGGAUGGGAAAGGAUAAGAUGGGCACGGUCUGGCCGUUGUAUUCACGAUGUACACUACGAUAGUUACAAAGCCGUCGACACUUGAUCGAGCGCUAUAAAUAUAAUGUUG